GACUCAGGAGUCGUCCCAUCCCACAUCUCUUCCCACUCCACCAACCUCUCCAAUCUUGCAUCCACAAUCCCCACCACCACCAUCACCAAUAAUGCCUCAACCACCAUCCCCGCCACCAUCAAAACCCACUCCCCCACCAUCACCUAAACCCCAGGCUUCACCACCAUCACCUAAACCCCAUGCUUCAACACCGCAAUCUUCCACACCACCGGCACCAAAAAAAGAUGAUAAGACACCACCGCAACCAAAGAAAACAAAAUUCUCGGUCCCCAAAUUGGUUUCCCCGUUCGAGCCAAAGAAGAAGGCCGCUGGUACGGCCCUAUUUCUGUCCGGAAUUGCAAGGAGCCGCACUUCGAAACUUGUUGACUUAGCAGAGCAUGAGGAGGGGUCGAAAAGCUUUGAAACACGUAUUGUCAAUAUCAGGCCACCAACGAAGGAUGAUUACAAAUAUGUCCCUACUAAAUAUGAGCCAGGCAGACCACUACUUAGUUGGGACAAACUCAAAAAGAUCCCAGCUGGUAUAAAAAGGAUGCAUGACUGGUAUAUGAGAGCAGCUUCUGUAGGCAUUCACACGAUCAAUGUGAUUAUACCACCAACAGCAUUCAAAAGUGAGCGGACAAAGGCAAUCGUUACCUUCGAGGAAAUGUGGCUAAUGAUGAACCUGCAGAGACUAGACGUGCAGCUGGUAACCGUGUUUGCAUUAAUGAAUUUUGAACAACAAGAGAUGCGGUACGGUUCAGAUCCGGAUAGGUCUGCCAGUAAAAGGGUUGCGUAUCUGAGCCCGAUGAAGAUAUGCGAGGAGUAGCACAACUUCAGAAUCAGAGACAAACACGACUCCUUAGAAGGUUUGGACCCCGCUGAGCGUAAGAAGAUAAUAGAUGAAAGUCGACUAGAUUAUGAAUGUAAAUACGACCUCUACAUAGCCUUGGCA